AACAGCCGCCCUCUGAGAGUUCCUGCGCGGCCGGCGGCUGCGGGAGGGCGUGUGGUCAGGAAGCCUGAGUCCUGCGGCUUCCCCUGACCGGGAGCCGCCUCCAAAAGAGCCUCAGGCUUCAGUCCAGGCCCUGAAUGGCUGGUCUCCAGUUGGUGUUGCCUCUGCCUAUGGGCGUUAUGCUCCCACAUAAUAAAAGGGAUGCUCCAGAGCUCCAUUCAGCUAAGCAAGACCCCUAUAGAAAAAGUGACUCUUCCCAGCGGUCCUCUGCAGGGCACCUGAGGAACAAUUUCCAGCAGAAGCUUUUGAGUAACCAAGAACUGAUGCUGGAUAAUCUCUACACUCACCCCAAGUGGAACACCUGCACCAAAGCCCAGAGCUAUUCAUAUCCCCACUGUGCUGGAAUGAGCCAGCACGAUCCAAGAAGCAAUCCCCAGGGCCAAGCCAAGGGUUCGUUUUACGCAUCACACCCUCAGUCCCGGUAUCCCAAAACAAAUGACCAGGAAUUCAUCCCCUUGACAAAGAAGCGAGUGGGGGUAGACCGGGCAUACCCUUUGAAACCUGUGUUUCAUCGGAAGUCCCAUAGUACAGGUGAGGCUGGCACUGAUGGGGACCAGAACGCUUCUCCAAGAACCCCUGAGCCAAGAAAGUAUUCGAACAGUAGCUUUGGUUCAAGGAACUGGGUGAAUUCAUUGAUGGUUGGUCCAGUUGCUGCCACUCAGGAGGAAAGGGUCAUGGCAAAUGCCAGCAGGACAGAAUGGAUGCAAAUCCAAAGACUCGAAGCUGCAGGGGAGAGCUUAGGGGAGGAAAUCCGCAGAAAAGAGACUCUUCUGAGGGAAAAGCUGAAGAAGACGGAGGAGGGACUCAGAAGGAUCCAGAAGGAAAAAGAGCAGGCUGAGGAAAAUGAAAAAAGAGAGCUACAGAGAAUGGUGCUCUCCCGGAGGAGAGUUAAAGAUAAUAGCAUCUCCACGUACAAACCUAUCUUCUCUCCAGCAUUCGGGUCUGAGGAGGUCUUCAACAGAGACACAGGAGAAGACGAAACUUGGGGACAAUCUGAAGAGAAUUCUAGUCCAUUCCAUUUCUCUGAUUAUAGAAUUCAGAAGCUCAAAAGGGAAAGACUGGUGGCAAGCAAUAACAAAAUCCGAGACCCAGUCUCAGGGCCAUUGAAGGAGAAGUUUUCUCAAGCUCCAGAAGCACCGUUCAACACUUUGCAGAGAUACACCAGCAAUUCUAGCUCAUCCAGGGCACCAGACUCUUCAGGCUCCAGAUGUCCCACUGAAGAGCCAGAACUGGGCGAGUGCAGCCACUGUGGCCGAAAGUUUCUCUUGCUCAGGCUGGAGAGACACUCCAGCAUCUGCCGCAGGAUGCAGGGUUCCAAGAGGAAAGUGUUUGACUCCUCCAGGGCCCGGGCCAAGGGCACAGAACUAGAGCAGUACUUGAACUGGAAGGGUCCAGCUUCAGUCAAGGCCAAACCUCCUCGGAAGAGCAACUGGAGACAGAAGCAUGAAUCCUUCAUCCGUACCCUCCGUCAGGCUCGAGAGUUCCAGCAGGUGAUUGCCAAGGGUGGAAACCCCUCAGACCUGCCUCCCAUCCUGCCUGUAGAAAAUCCAGACUAUAUUCAGUGCCCUCACUGUAGCCGCCACUUUGCUCCCAAGGUGGCAGAGCGGCACAUCCCCAAGUGUAAGACCAUCAAGAACCGUCCUCCGCCUCCAAGAAAGCACUACAGUUGAGACAACAGUGGAAACCUCCUCGAUGGUCCAGAAGGCUUCUGCUUCUCUUGAGCAGUAAGUAGGAGUAAUUUGAUGCCGAGCAGAAAGAACUAAAACUUUUACAUAUCCCAGAUCUGCCUGCAGAGCUGAGAUCAGUGAAGAAAGAGAGACCCAUUGCUAAGCAGCAAGAUGCAAAAGGAGGCCUCAGCUUCCCAUUAAAUCCCCACCUCCGGCUGAUGUGCCUGAUGUAAUUGCUCUGAGAACUGAUGGCUGAAGAAACUUAAGAGCAGUGAGCAGGCUACAUUAAAGCUCUCUUCUCGCAAGCCUAA